UUACCAGAUAUAUAUGGUAGAUUGAACGGUACCCUUAAUGUAUCGUACCUUUGUAUACAUGUACCAAUCAGAAUGAAGUAGUUGAAUUAUUUAAAUCUAAAUUAAAAAUGAUGUAAUGAUUUGAACCAAUCAAGUGAGUGGUAGAUACAAUACUCCAUUUUUAAAAUGGGUAUCGGAAUUGUCACCGUAUAUAUUACCAAAUGUUGGACAAUCGGAUUAUCUUUUGGAUACAUAGAAACGUUAAAAUAAAUAAAUACCGAAAUCUUCUCCUCUUUUAUUACGUGAGGUGUCGGUGAUCUGCACUCUGCAAUCUCCUUUCACCUCCUUUAAACAAGCCACGCACGACCCCACUCCAUAGAAAGCUCUCCCUUUCGAUAUCCGUGAAUCUUGCAAGCAUAACCCCUCACCUCGCCCCACGCGGGGUCAACUCCACCCACCAAGCAAGCAAAAGUUCAUUGCUUUACAGUUCACUGUACGAUCCACCAUUUCCCGUUCUUGAACCUCCGCCUGAGCGCGAACAAGAUUGGGGUUUUCUGGAGCUGUUCGAGAUAGUAACUUCUCUCCUUUUUUAUUCUCUUGAGCCCCCAUGCGCGGGCUAAGCCGGCUUGGAAGCGGCGUCAGCACACCGUCGCCACCUUCUUCGCCGCGCCACCGGAGAAAGAACUCGCCCGUUGGAGGUGGCGCGGGGAGCUUCCGCGGUGGCAUAAAUGGAGAAUUAAAGCUGCACUCUUUUGCGGAGAAGGUGGGAUUUCUACUGGUUUCGGCCGUGUACCGGCGGCGAGGGGUGUUGCUUUUCGCCCCUUUGUUGUAUAUUUCUGGGAUGUUGUUGUACAUGGGCACCUUUGGCUUCAGUGGUGGCAGGGGUCAUCUGGCGGUGGCGCCGCCUGGAUCAGUUUAUCGGAGCCCCCAGUUAUUUGAGAACCUCUGGCCUCAUAUGCUGGGUGAAAAUAAUGGAAGCUCAAACUUGUUGACAAAUGUGUGGAAUCCAAAGUUUCAUCAAAAUUGGAAGCCUUGUCUUGACAAGACUAUUUCUCAAGCGGGGUUGCCGGAAUUACAAAAGUCUAAUGGUUUCCUCAUAAUUGAAGCAAAUGGCGGGUUAAACCAACAAAGGUUAUCGAUAUGUGAUGCAGUUGCUGUUGCUGGUCUGCUGAAUGCUACACUUGUUAUUCCGAUUUUUCAUUUAAAUAGUGUUUGGCGAGAUUCUAGCAAGUUUGGUGAUAUCUUUGAUGAGGACUUUUUCAUAUAUGCACUGAGGAAUCACGUCAAGGUGGUUAAGGAACUUCCAGAAGAUGUACUUCAGCGUUUUGACAACAAUAUUGCCAACAUUGUUAACUUGAGAGUUAAGGCUUGGUCCAGUCCAACAUACUAUAGGCAAAAGGUCCUACCAAAGCUGUUGGAAUUGGGGGCUGUACGGAUCGCACCGUUUUCCAAUAGAUUGGCCCAUUUAGUUCCUCCAAAUAUUCAAGGCCUUCGAUGUUUGUGCAACUUUGAAGCACUGAGAUUUUCAGAAUCCAUACGCAUGCUUGCAGCAAAGAUGGUUGACCGAAUGAUGAAAAAUAGCUCCAGAAGUGGGGGCAAAUAUGUUUCAGUGCAUCUUCGGUUUGAAGAGGAUAUGGUUGCAUUUUCUUGCUGUAUUUAUGAUGGCGGUGAGGAAGAAAAACUUGAAAUGGAUACUGCUCGGGAACGGAGUUGGAGAGGAAAGUUCCGGAAAAGAGGCAGAGUUAUAAGACCAGGUGCAAUAAGGAUGGAUGGGAAAUGCCCUCUUACUCCCCUUGAGGUGGGCAUGAUGCUAAGAGGUACGGGAUUUGACAAUAGCACCUCGGUUUAUGUUGCUUCUGGAAAAAUUUAUAAGGCUGAGAAGUAUAUGGCUCCCCUCAAACAGAUAUUCCCACAUCUAGAAUCUAAAGAGACGCUUGCUUCACCACAAGAACUUGCUCCAUUUCAGGGACAUUUAUCACGAUUGGCUGCCCUUGAUUAUACAGUUUGCCUCUACAGUGAAGUUUUUGUCACUACACAGGGAGGUAACUUUCCCCAUUUCUUAGUGGGUCAUAGACGCUAUCUGAAUGGAGGCCAUGCCAAGACAAUCAAACCUGAUAAGCGGAAAUUAGUUCUUCUGUUUGAUCGCCCGAGUAUAAGAUGGAAUGACUUUAAACGCCAGUUGCAAGAUAUGCUUCACCACAGUGACAUAAAGGGUUGUGAGGUCAGAAAAUCCAGCAGCUCACUUUACACUUACCCAAUGCCUGACUGCAUGUGUAAACAAGAAGUUGUGAAUAAGGAUAGCAGGAAUACCUCAAAAGCCCUUUGAUAUGUACAUGAAAAAUACUAGUUGUACACAGAAUUAGUACACAAAAUGUACAAACCCCCCUAGUUGCUUGUGUACUAGGGCAAUUCGUUUAAAAAAGGCAAGAUUGCAUGCCAAAAUGCUUGUGUACACUGGUGGUGUACAAUUUGUGUACAAAUUUUGUAUACGCCAAGAAUGGUUCUAUGUACAUAGGAUUAUAUACACACACGCACGACUGACACGCAUGCACGCACAUUCACACAUUCCUUGGGUAUUUUUUGGUUGAUAUCACCUGGCUAUAUGUAGCUUAAAAUUUAGCCACUGGACAUGGAAGAACAGCAAUAUUGAGGAUAGAUAUUUUUAAUCCCAUAGAGUCAUUUGUAUUCAUUAGAUUCUUCCAAGUUCAUUCAGGUUUUCGACUGGUGUAUCCCAGCUCACUCUGCACAAAUGUCGGUCUGUUAUAGAAACCACAAUUCUUUGUAACAACCCCUUGUUUUUGUAGUUAUCUCGUUUUAUUUGCUUUCA